CCCGUGUAGCCAGAGAUGGGGACGGAGCCUGCAGAACAGGUCUCCUGGAGCCCCUACUCUGGGUAUGAUGAGGAGGCAUACUCGGCUGAGCCAUUGCCAGAACUCUGCUACAAGGCGGAUGUCCAGGCCUUCAGUCGGGCCUUCCAACCCAGUGUCUCCCUGGCAGUGGCUGCACUGGGUCUGGCCGGCAAUGGCCUGGUCCUGGCCACCCACCUGGCAGCCCGACGUGCUGUCCGUUCGCCCACUUCUGCCCACCUGCUCCAGCUGGCCCUGGCCGACCUUCUGCUGGCCCUAACCCUGCCGUUCGCCGCAGCCGGGGCUCUGCAGGGCUGGAGUCUGGGAAGUGCCACCUGCCGCGCCAUCUCGGGCCUCUACUCGGCCUCCUUCCACGCUGGCUUCCUCUUCCUGGCCUGUAUCAGCGCCGACCGCUAUGUGGCCAUCGCGCGGGCCCUCCCCGCUGGACCGAGGCCCUCUGCGCCAGGCCGCGCACACGUGGUCUCAGCCAUCGUAUGGCUGCUGUCGCUGCUUCUCGCGCUGCCUGCUCUCCUUUUCAGCCAGGAUGGGCAGCGGGAAGGCCAGCGGCGCUGCCGUCUCAUCUUUCCCGAGGGCCUCGCGCAGACGGUGAAGGGGGCAAGCGCCGUGGCGCAGGUGGUCCUGGGCUUCGCGCUGCCGCUGGGCGUCAUGGCCGCCUGCUAUGCGCUCCUGGGCCGCACGCUGCUGGCCGCCAGGGGGCCCGAGCGCCGGCGUGCGCUGCGCGUCGUGGUGGCCCUGGUGGCGGCCUUCGUGGUCCUGCAGCUGCCCUACAGUCUCGCCCUGCUACUGGAUACGGCCGACCUACUGGCUGCCCGCGAGCGGAGUUGCCCUGCCAGCAAGCGCAAGGAUCUGGCACUGCUCGUGACCGGAGGGUUGGCCCUGGCCCGCUGCGGCCUCAACCCCGUACUCUACGCCUUUUUGGGCCUGCGAUUCCGCCAGGACCUGCGGAGGCUGCUGCGGGGUGGGAGCUGCAGCCCAGGGCCUCGCCCCCGGGGCCGCUGCCCCCGCCGGCCCCGCCUCUCUUCCUGUUCGGCUCCCACUGAGACCCACAGUGUCUCCUCCUGGGACUACUAGGGCUGCGAAUCAAGGAGAGAGGGCGGGCUGAGGAAAUGAUUCCAGGGAGGGUAGUGGGAAAGGGGAGUAGGUGGGGAGACCCUGAGAAGGAUGUAGGGACCUAAAGGAAUUGCUUCUGUACUUUGCCACAUU